UCUUUAUAAUGUACAGGUAACAGCUAAGAUUGGAGUAAACAAAGCCUAUAGUUAUAACAAUAAUUAUGUUGAAUAAAGGUUCUCCUUUUGACUCUUUAUUACAGUCUACUUGCCAUAGGCUUAUGGCUGCAACUAUAAUAAUAAUAUUGCCUGAAAAGUUGUUUUGGCCAGCUAAUCUACCCUCUCACUUCCUUCUAUACUACACAGGGAUCCAUUAAAAGUCUACACUUACUGUAAUAUUGAUUAUAUAUAUAUUCUGCAUAUUUUUAUUCAAAACAGCUAUUAACUUUAAGCGUGGGUGUUACAAAGCAUUACCAGACACUUGCAUUUCGGAAGGAAGUGCAGUGAUUGGUUUUUAACUGAGGCAGAAUCUGACCAAUAGGCGAGAGGCACGAUAGCUUUAUAAACUGAUGGUCGCGCCCUAAACAUCACAAACGUUUUCGUUUAUUUUCGAUAGACAGCCAAUAAUCAUGAGUGGAAGAGGUAAGACCGGAGGAAAAGCCCGCGCCAAGGCCAAGACUCGCUCCUCUAGAGCAGGGCUUCAGUUCCCCGUCGGCCGUGUUCACAGACUCCUUCGUAAAGGUAACUAUGCUCAGCGCGUCGGUGCUGGAGCUCCAGUGUAUCUGGCCGCUGUGCUCGAGUAUCUGACCGCUGAGAUUCUGGAGUUGGCUGGAAACGCCGCUCGUGACAACAAGAAGACCCGUAUCAUCCCCAGACAUCUGCAGCUGGCGGUGCGCAACGAUGAAGAGCUGAAUAAGCUUCUGGGCGGUGUGACCAUCGCUCAGGGUGGUGUGCUGCCCAACAUCCAGGCCGUGCUGCUGCCCAAGAAGACCGAGAAGGCCACUAAAGGCAAAUAAACUGCAGUUCGGUUGUUACUUUGACUCAAAGGUUCUUUUAAGAACCACCCA